UCUUAUUUUAGCAACUUAGUGAGCACAGCCGACGUUGGCACUGGCAUCCAGAAUCUGAAGAAGGCAUUAGAGGAUUUAGAGGCUUUGUUAGCUGAUGCAGAGAACAAACAAGUGUACGACAAGGAUAUCAAAAAGUGGCUAGAAGAGGUUCAACCUUUGGCUUAUGAUGCAGAUGACUUAUUGGAUGACUUUGCCACUGAAGCUCUCGAAAGGAAGCUAAUGGCGGAGGAGACGAAGAUGGGAAGAAGACCAGCUAAGUUUCCACGUCUCUCUUCUAUUGUUCCAUUCAAUCUAAAAACUGGGUCAAAGCUAAAUGAGAUUACUAGUCAAUUACAAGAAGUUGCUACAAAAGGAAAAGAUCUUGGUUUAGAUAAAAGACUUGUUGGGAGGAUGUCUACAGAUUUACGGCAGAGACCACAAACUACAUGUUUGAGGGAGCCUCACAUUCAUGGCAGAGAUGAAGCCAUCAAGCAAAUUAUGGAAUUGCUACUUGGGGAUGCACCUAUUGGAAAUUUUUUUGAUGUAAUUCCUAUUGUAGGAAUGGGUGGGAUCGGCAAGACUACACUAGCUCAGCACAUUUACAAUGACGACAGAGUGGAAAAGCAUUUCAAUCUAAAAGCAUGGGCAUGUGUAUCUGAUGACUUCGAAGUUAUGAGAAUAACAAAGGCAAUUCUUGAGUCGUUCACUCAAGGUUCAUGCAAUUUUAGUAACUUAAAUGAGGUGCAAGUUCAACUUAGCAAAACGUUGGCAGGGAAAAAGUUUUUGCUUGUCCUAGAUGAUGUGUGGGACUAUGGACGUGAUGGGUGGAAUUUGUUACGAUCCCCAUUUGGAGCUGGAGCACCUGGAAGUAAAAUCAUUGUGACAACACGAGACAGAGGUGUUGCAAAGCAGAUGGGAAUGGAUAAAUAUCACAAUUUGCACAACUUAUCACAUGACGAUUGUUGGUUAAUCUUUUCCCAACAUGCAUUUGAGAAUAGAAAUAUCCCAAAGGAAUGCCCAAAAUUGGUAUCGAUUGGUAAGAAAAUUGUUGAGAACAGGUGCAGAGGCUUACCCUUGGCAGCGAGGGCCCUUGGCAGCUUAUUAUGCUGUAAACAAGAACAUGAAUGGAAAGAGAUACUAAACAGCAAUAUAUGGAAUGAGGAAAGUGGCAUUCUCACAGCAUUGAAAUUGAGCUACCUUCAUCUCCCUGUCCAUUUGAAGAGGUGCUUUUCCUACUGUGCAAUUAUCCCAAAGGACUACGAAUUCAUGGAGGAGGAAUUAGUCUUGCUAUGGAUGGCUGAAGGUUUAAUUGAGAAACCAAACGGUGGAGACCAAAUGGAAGAUUUAGGCCGCAAGUAUUUUCACGAAUUGGUGUCAAGAUCAUUUUUUCAACCGUCAAGUGGUAACAAAUCGCAAUUCAUAAUGCAUGACCUCAUCAAUGAUUUGGCUCAAGAUGUUGCAGGGAACAAAUGUUUUAGGUUGGAAAAUAAUUUAGAGGGUGGCAGGCAGAACAAGAUUUCGGACAAAGCACGCCAUGCAUCUUAUGUUGCUAGCCGUUUUGAUGGAAUCAAAAAAUUUAAAGCUUUCGAUGAUGCCAAAUGCUUACGAACUUUCUUAGAAUUUUUACCACAACAAACUCACUUUGUAACGAAGUAUUUGAUGCAUGAUUUGUUGCCAAAGUUAAAAUGCUUGCAUGAGUUGCGUUUGUGUAGUAUUGGGAUAAAUGAGCUACCAGAUUCCAUUGGUGAUCUAAAGCAUUUGCGGUACCUUGAUUUAUCCAAUUCUGGAAUUACAAGGUUACCUGACACAGUGGUAACUCUCUACAAUUUACAAGUCUUGCUUUUGAAAUAUUGUCGUAAACUUCAGAAGUUGCCUCUAAACGUGGAGAGGCUGGUGAACUUGCGUCAUUUUGACAUGACUGGCGUGCAUAUUCCAUCAUCAGAGGAGAUGCCACUACAUAUAGGUAAAUUAACUAAUCUCCAAACAUUGUCAAAUUUUAUAGUGGGCAAAGAUUGCGGGCGUAAAAUAGGAGAGUUGAAAAACCUAUCACACAUUCGAGGGGCAAUACACAUAUCAAGACUAGAGAAUGUCAAUGGUGUUAAGGAUGCAAGGGAUGCCAAUUUAACGUCUAAGGAGUUAAAAGAGUUAUCACUAGAAUGGGAUGAAUCUUGUAAUUCACAUAAUGACAUAGUUGAGAGGGAUGUGCUUGAUGUGAUGAGACCUUUGAUAUUUUUGGAACGACUCACCAUCAGUGGGUAUAGCAGUACAAAAUUUCCAAACUGGGUUGGAGAUGUUUCGUUCUCCAAAAUGGUGUUCAUGCGAUUAAAAGGUAGCAAAUGUUGCACAUCUUUGCCACCACUUGGACAACUACCCUUGCUUAAAGACCUUUACAUUGAAGGAAUGAGUGCAAUAAAGCGCUUGGGUUGUGAGUUCUCUGGGCAGCAGUGUGGUGCCAAACCUUUCCCGUCUCUAGAGAGACUGAGCUUUGAGUUUAUGCCAGAAUGGGAGGAUUGGUCUGCUUUUGAAACAGAAGGAGUUCAGCCGUUCGGUCAUCUCAGUGAACUUUCCAUCAUAAAUUGUCCCAAACUUGUUGGAAGAUUACCAAAUGAUCUUCCUUGUCUCAAUUCUCUCAAAAUUGAUGGUUGUCCACAGUUGUUGAUUGAUGUUUCGAGCCUUGUUCAGCCAUCAAUUGCAUCCUUGUCAAUGAAUAAUGUUAUGCUCCCAAGCCUUCCAGCACUCUUAGGGACGAAGAACACGAUUGAAAUUGGUUCUCUCACCUUGGAUAUUAGCCAUGUUACAGUUCUUGACUCCCUUUGCGAUCCAAAGACAACUGAUGAAGAGUUACUGGCUAAUGAAAUGUCUAAGCAUCUGACUUCAAUUACUGCUUUGAGCAUUUCUUAUGUUGAAAACCUGGCGUUCCUACCGACAUGGUUUACUCGAGAUUUAAUGGGACUUGAGAAAUUGAACAUUAGUAGCUGCCAAGAACUCAUAACAUUGUGGCGGAACAAGGUGAGAAUGCAAGUAUGUCUCCCUUCCCUCUGCCAUUUGGAGGUUUUUAAUUGCCCCAAACUGGUUUGCUUGUUUGAAGAAGAGCAAGAAAAAGAAGGAGAAGUUUCGAAAAAGCAGCAACAUGAGGGGCUGCCUUGCAUGACAAGACUCGAGUAUUUAACAAUUCAAGAGUGUGGAAUGCUGAAGAAACUGCCACAAGAUCUGCACACAUACACAUCUCUUGGGGUGCUUAGAAUCGAUGAUUGUGCAAGUCUGAUCUCUUUUCCAAUGAAAGGUUUGCCAUCUAGACUGAGAGAACUUAGCGUUUCAAGGUGUGAUGCUUUGGAGUCCCUACCCGAGUUGAUGACACUCAAUAAUCUACUAGAGUUGCAGGUUUCUAGCUGUAAAUCACUCACAUAUUUAUUGUCAAGAGGUGGGCUACCGUCCACACUAAAACAACUUCUGAUUGGUUGGUGUGCAAAUCUGGAGUCACUUUUUGCAGAGGAAGGGAUCAAAAUUGAUUGUCCAUCUCUUGAAACUGUUCAUAUCGUAUCUUGUGAGAGACUCAAAUCUUUACCUGAAGCCAAUAAUCUCAGGAAUCUCAGUGAAUUGCGAAUAAUAGGUUGUCCUAAUCUGGAGCCCUGGUCACUUGGUGGUCGUGAUGAGAACAACAACAUCAACCAACUCACUUUGCUUCAAAACCUGUCUUUAAAUGAUUGUUUAAGCAGCCAACUGCAGGAAUUUGAGAGGGGACGACGUCGGUCAACUUCCACUUCCGCCUCCAUCCCCAUUAGAGUGGGGUUUGCACAAAUUCUCUUCUCUUACAACACUCGUCAUAUUGAAGCCCUAUGCUUUGUUGUAUACAGUUUUGCAUUGAAGAUUCUGCUUCAGAAUUGUUCAGGAGAUAUUUCAGUUAUUGGAGACAUUGUGGAGGAGAUUAAUAUAAUUUUCAACAGCUUGAAUCCUUUAUGGUGUUCUUGGAAGAGAAGAGAAGCAAACUGUUGGGUUAAUGCUUUAGCAUUUGGGGCUGACAACAUAGUGGAUGAAUCUUUUGGAUGGACACUGCCUGCUAAACUUCCUAUCCUUCUAGAACAUUCCUAUUAUUAG